AUGCGUGUCGCAAGUGCCCUGGUCUCUGUGCUGGCUUUGGCCGGCGCGGGCGUGGCCAAGGUCUCUCGACGUGCCAUUGACGAGGAUGUUCGUCCGUCCAACGAUACCGUCGUUGCGCCCAAGAAGUUCAUCCUUGAGCUCGAGCAGGGAGCCGACAAGGACGCCGUGGUUCAGCAGCUUCAAACCCGCCCUGGAAGCAAGGUCCUCAAAGUGUUCGACUCAUCCAUCUUCAACGGCAUCGCUGUUGAAUCUGACAGCGACAACACGGACUCACUCGAGGCGAUUGUGCCCGUAAUCAAGGCGUGGCACUCUACUCGCAUUCAACUCGCUCCCGUCGUAACCGGAGACUCAUUCAGCGACGAUGCCAAGGCGCUCAACUACUCCAUCCACUGGAUGACAGGAGUCGAUAAACUCCAUGAGCAGGGUGUUUUUGGCAAGGGCGUCAAGGUCGGCAUUGUUGACACCGGUACUGAGUACACCCAUCCCGCACUUGGAGGUUGCUUUGGAGAGGGCUGCAAGGUUGCUGCCGGAUAUGACUUUGUCGGCGACAGCACUAAUUGGCCAUACCCGGGCGAGGAGAGACAGCCCGAUGAGGACCCCAUGGACCAGGCUGGUCAUGGUACGCACGUUGCUGGUAUCAUUGCCGGCAAGAGUGCCGAAUUCACCGGAGUUGCCCCUGAAGCUACCAUCUACUCCUACAAGGUCUUUGGCCCAAAUGAGGGUACCAGCGAGGAAGUCUUGAUCGAGGCUUUCCUUCGUGCGUUUGACGACGGCGUCGACAUCAUCACAGCCUCUGUGGGUUCGACCGGUGGCUGGUCUGACAACGCCUGGGCGCUUGUCGCCUCCCGUAUCGUCGAGCAAGGCGUGGUAGUCACCAUUGCCGCCGGUAACUCGGGUGAUGUCGGCGCCUUCUUCCCCAGUAGUGGCGCCGCCGGAAAGGAGGUCCUCGCCGUGGCUUCUGCCGACGCCUCCAUUGUCUCGGCCCGCCAGUUCGCCGGCACCUUCAACCUCGACGGCCACUCGAACCGGACCAUCCUCGGGUACCGUCCCGCCGUGGACCUGUUCCCCGCUGAGAUUGUCGGCUGGCCCAUCGUCCCCAUUACUCUUAACAUCAGCGUCGAGAACGACGCCUGCCAGCCGCUCCCUGAGGGUUUGAAUCUCACCGGGACGAUUCCGCUUGUGCGAUUCGAUGAGGGAUGCCAGGAUUCCGUCAGGCAGAGAUGGGUCCAGGAGCGCGGCGCCAGGUUUAUGCUCUUCUACCUAACCGACAGACCUGUUGUCAGUUUCUCUGGUUUAGGCUGGGUGCAGAGCAAAUGGGGUCUCCUUUCCAAGGAUGCCGGCGAGGCCAUUGUCAAGACCAUCAUUGCCGGUGGAAAUGUCACUGCAGACUUCUCUCUGGAUCAGAACAGCAACUAUGUUGCCAUGUACAACGCCGGCGGCGGAAAACCCUCUCAGUUCACGAGCUGGGGCGGCACUUUCGAUCUCGAGGUGAAGCCUGACAUCACUGCACCUGGAGGCAGGAUCUUCGCCCCCUACAUUGGAAAGCGCUAUCGCGAACUUUCAGGCACGUCCAUGGCAUGCCCCUAUGUCGCCGGUGUUGCCGCUCUAUACAUCAGCGCCCACGGCGGCCGCUCCACGCACGGUGCUGGCUUCGCCAAAGCCCUGCACGCACGUAUCGUCGCUUCGGGUCGCGCAAUCCCUUGGUCCGACGGCACGACCAAGGAUUUUGGCUUCUGGGCUCCUCCAAUCCAGGUCGGAAGCGGUCUCAUUGAUGCUGUCUCUGUCCUGAACGCGAUUUCGCAGCUGUCCGGUGAGACCAAGUUCGCGCUUAACGACACGCACCACUUUUCGCGGUAUCACCAAGUCGACAUCACCAACACCGGCACCACGGAGCUCGAGUACGUAUUCAAGGUUCAAGAUGCCGCCGGCUUCGAAUCGUACUGGACCGCGGAGGCUGCUGGUGCUGGGAUCAACGCCGUCCCUCGCAUCAAAGAUCUGGUCGAGAUCGAGCCCUUCAAGAUUGGCACCCCUGUCAGCCUGCCUUCGGGCACGUUCAAGAUUGGACCUGGCCAGACCAAGACUGCGAAAUUCUCUUUCAAUAUCCCCCAGGGUCUCAACGCCACGAGACUGCCUAUCUUCAGCGGCAAGAUCCUUAUCAGCUCCAGCGCUGGCGAUGUCCUCUCUGUGCCUUACUAUGGCGUCGGCGGAAGCAUCAAGCACGACAUUGCUGACAUGUUUUACACGUCCUUUGGAUACCCUCGUGUCAUCUCUGGUGUCAACCGGACGUUGCUGUCUGAGAAAUCGAGCUUCAACUUCGACCUCUCCCUCGAUAAACAAGAUUUUGUCAAGCUUCAAGUCGCUUUGACCUGGGGAACUCGUGAGCUGCGCUGGGAUUCUAAUUACCAAGAGCGCGAAUGGGUUUACCCGCCCGUCGUCGGCCAGAACAAGUACAUUGGCUCUGUUGCCAGUUUCGACGUCUACAACAGCGUUAACUACCCCGUCUUCGACCCCGCCACCGACAGCGUCAACAAUACCUUCUCUUACCCAUUGCAGGACCAGUCCCGUGACUCUCCCUAUGAGUCGUGGUGGCUCGGAAAGCUGGCGGACGGAAGCCAGAUCAAACCUGGAAAGUACAAGUGGCGCAUCGCCGCUUUAAAGCCGUUUGGCAAUCCCAAGGCGUCGGACAAUUGGGACAUUUACGAGACUCCCGAGAUCGAGGUCCUGUCGCUCACUGGAAGCAACUCCACGGCCACUCUCCGUCACCGAACGCUGUAA